AUGGGAUCCAGACUUAGAGAAAACCCAGACGGAACGUUCUACUGGUUCUUUGAAGCUUCGUGUCCCAUCGCCAGAGACAAAGAUCCAGAAGUAUUAUUUCAGUUCCCCGAAGACUUCAACGAUGAGGAAUCUGUAAAAUCUCUGCCACGAUUCUGCUUCCCAUAUGACAUUGAGAGGGUGAAAGACAGCGUAGCGGUUCAACACUUCACGUUCGUGCUAACGGAUCUGGAAGGCUGUCAGCGUUUUGGUUUCUGCCGUCUGACCUCUGGGUCUCAGACGUGCCUCUGCAUUCUCAGUUAUCUACCAUGGUUUGAGGUGUUUUACAAACUUCUGAAUAACUUGGCUGAUUACCUAACCAAGGGCCAAACCAAUGAGAUGCGAGAGCUUCUGGCUGUGCUCUACAAACACCCUUUACCAUUGGCUAAUGGCUCUGUCACUCUACAGAUGGGAGAACAACUUCUGAUCAGAACUCAGGUCAACCAAACACCCCUCCCAAAACUGAAGGAGAAGGAGGGGAUACCGUAUUUUAUUGCUCCAGAUCCGAAAGCGUUACCAUCUAUACCAGAGAGUAGGAACUUGACUGAGCUGGUGGUGGCAGUGGACGUCAGUAACCUUCUUCAGCUCUAUGCCAGCAUGCUGUUUGAGAGGCGCAUUCUCAUCUACUGCAGCAAACUCAGCACGCUGACAGCCUGUGUGCACGCGUGCAGUAGCAUCAUUUACCCAAUGUACUGGCAGCACAUCUUCAUACCUGUGUUACCCCCUCAUCUACUGGACUACUGCUGCGCUCCAAUGCCUUACCUUAUUGGGGUUCACUCAAGUCUGACUGAGAAGGUGAAGAGUCGUGCUCUGGAAGAUGUGGUGAUUUUUAACGUGGACACAAACACCAUGGAGUCUCCAUUUGACGAUUUGAAACGGAUCCCCACGGAUGUGGUGACUGGUCUUAAGGUGAGGUUGAAGAAACAGGCUGCUUUUCCAGGUCCAGGGGUCGCUCGAGCAUUUCUCCGUGCACAGGCUCUGCUGUUUGGGGGUUACAGAGAUGCUCUGCAAUGCCUGGAGGGCGGGCCCAUCUCUUUCAGUGAGGAGUUGUUUCUAACGCAUAAGUCCCAAAGCAUGAGACAGUUCCUGGAGAGUGCUGUUCAUCUGCAGUUCUUUAAGCAGUUUAUUGAUGAACGUCUGGAGCUGCUCAAUCAAGGAAAGGAACCCAGUGACCUGUUUGAGGAGGAAAUAGUGCAGUGUGGCUCUUCAGCAGGUUCAAAAUCAUACCAACAGUGGGUAGGCAACCUGAAGAAAGGUGGAGGAGCUUUGAUUCUGUCAGUGAAAUCAAAAGCCCAUAUAUACAAAGCAGCUAAAUACCACAACAGAUUUGGGUUAAAGAACCUUCUUUCAUCCAAAGAACAGAGUGAUGUCUGUUCCCUGCAAAGAGGUGGAUCUGUUUCUGGCGCACACUCAUAUCGUCGGAUCCAACUGGACAGCUUGCAAAACCGUCUACCAAUCACGCAACACUUUGGCAUGUCUCGACCCCGACGGCCUGCACGUAAGUGCGCAAACCAGCAGGGGGAGGAGUCUCCGCAGGACAACACCAGCUGGGAGGAGGAGGGGCUGGACAGUGCAGAAGCGUCCUGCAGUGAGACGGAGCUCCAGUCGGAGGACCCUGACCUGUCGCUGCUGACCGACCCGGAGGAGAUGGACUUGUUGGGAGAGAUCUUUGACACGCUCAGUGCUCAGACCUCCAUGGACAGAGGCUUACUAUACAGCACACGCAGCCUUGAUCUGUUUGGACCCGACAGCUUCGACUUUAGGUCCCACAGGAGCUUGGCCACACCCAGUGAAGAGAGCUUGAAUCUGUCUGCUGGUAACAGUGGGAGUCUGAGGAGCUGGGAGGAGGGGCUGGAGGAGGGGUUGGAGGAGGGGUCCAGUGAACGGGGAGGAGAGGCACCCGGUGUCCAAACAGACACAUCAGACAAGGGCCAGGGUGAAGGGGGGGCGAGUCCCAGCGGGUUAAACGACCAGGCAGGAGGGACAGAGAAUGUUUCAGAGGGUCUGAAGGAGGGGCUUAGCAAGAAGCUGAGCGAUGAUUGGCCAGCAGACGAUGGACAGGUUAACGGGGCAGUCGAGGAACCGGAUCAGCAGGGGGCAGCGCGAACCGAGACGAGCGUGAACAGCGAGACAAGGGAUAAAACGAGCGGGGGAAGCAAAGGCGACGGAAGAGGGAGAGAGGCCCGAAACGCAGAGGAUGAGAAAGAAGAAAAGAAGGAGGAAGGCCAGAACAACGGUGUCUCCGGCCAAGAGAGCGCUCGUCUGAAUAAAAGCAACACCUGCCCCGCGUCCGGCGGAGCACCCCGGAAAGACGCGGUCCAGCCCGAGCAAGAAGUGAAGACAGAGUCUGACGACAGCCCGCCCGACCACGCCGCCCCCUCCCCGGCCAAAGCCGGCCGUCGAGGAGCGGAGAGCGAACCCGAGCAGGUGCAGGCCACAUCCUCCUCCCCGAGGGUCCUGUCCACAGCCGCUCGGUUCCAGAUCCGAACAUCGCCCACGACUUCACACAAUCUCGUCAGGACGUCCUUCGGGGGACAAAGGAUCCAGAUCUCACCGAGGGGCCCGACCCUGGCACCUCAACAAGAUGACCCAGGGUUCAAAUCUCCCUCUGAAUCCCCCGGCCAACAGGAAGAGCUGCCCGUCAUUAAAGUGUCUGAACUUAAAAAGAAGUUUGAGAUGUGAUUGGUGAAUGUGUUUGAGAGGCAUGCACCUCAGCCAAUUAUUGGUUAGGAUCUUGCCUGUUAGAACUAGUCGAUAGUGUUUUUUCUUCUUACUGACUGACUGACUAACUGACUGACCGACCGUCCAUAGAUUGGAAUGGAAUUGGAUUUUGUUGGUUCUCAUCGCCCAAAUCUUCACACCCCCCCCCCAAAAAAACAGCCUACUUGAACACUUUCCAAAGCAGGUUUCUUAUGCUCCUUGCAUAUUAUUUUUCCAUCUAUACAUGACAUUUCUAAAGUAUACUCCGCAUGUUUUGUUUUGUUUUGUUUUGAUAUAAUUAGUAAACAUAGAAAUGAUUCAAGUAAAUCUUAUGCCUGCUUACUGAAGCACUAUGGUUCUUUUUUUACUCUAAUAAAAUAACGGCAUUUGUUACUGA